UUAAAGCUUAGUUUCCAUGACUAUGUGCGUAUGUACAUCAUAUGUGUUAUCGUGGCCAAAGUGGUUAUUUUUUCUGUUCACAAUCAAAUUUGCGUAUCGGUCUGAUCUUCCGACGAUAAUGUAUUUGUUGAACACGAUCGUGUUCGUGUCGUCGGUGGUAGUAACGUCGAGGACGGCCAAGGACUACGGACCGUUCCUGUUGUCGGGUUCCAACCUGGAAUGGCCGUCAGCGGCCGAGGAGAGCGACGACAUACGGUGCGGUCGUUACGAGCCCAGGAAGAUCCUGGUGCACGGCGUGCAGAUGGACGGUGAACGCGCGUACGUCACCAUGCCAAGGUUCGCACGGACGGGCGUGCCGUGGACGCUGGGCUCGUUUCGGCUGGACGCGAUGGACUUCGAGCCGGAUAUCCUUCCGUACCCGGACUACCGGAGCUACGGGCCGUCGUGCCGGGGCGGUAACGUGACGGCGGCGUGUAUCUUGAACGUGGUGGACGUGUACGUCGACGACGGCACGCUGUGGGCACUGGACACCGGGACGGCGGGCGUGCUGGGCCGGAGGCCAUCGCGGAUGGGUCCGCCGCGGCUGAUCGCCAUAGACCUGGCCGCAGACCGCGUGACCGCCGCGGUCGACCUGUCGCCGGUCAUAGGGCCCCGCAGCGCGCUCCAGCACCUGGUGGCCCGGCGCACGUCGUGCGGCCGGCUGUUUGUGUACGUGGCCGACGCAGCCGGCCACGCGAUCAUCGCGUACGACGUGAACGCCAGCCGGCUGCAUGCGAUCCCGCUGCCGGAGACCGUGUCCGCGGCCCACCACCGGCGCGUCGUGCUGCACCUGAUGGCCGUCAGCCGGGCCGGCAAGAGCUACGUGUACUUCACGUACCGGCAGAGCGGCACCGUGUUUGCGCUUGACUCGUGGUCCCGCGAGAGCGUGACGCACGGUUCCGUGGUCGAGGUGGGUGCGAAACCGGUGGAUAUGAUCGUGCUGGGCACGGACCGCGGUACCGACGUGUACUUCCGCGCGCCCGACGCCACGGACGUGUGGGCGUGGGACGUCAACCGACCGCUAGACGUGCGUAGCUUCCGACUGGUGCACCGCAGCUACCUGUACCUGAUGCCCACCGCGGUUGUGGCCGGCUGGCGGAACGCCGUGUGGACGGUCGAGUCCAACUACGACGAGUACGUGACUGGCAACGUGGACUGUACCGGCCCCAGGACGUUGUUGCGGCCGAUCGGCGGCAACGCGUCCGCGUGCGGCGGCCAAGACCAGGUGUAGUACAUCGGGUGGGCGGCCGCCGUCCGCGCAACUCUCUUUGUGUGUUCUUUUUUCAUUGUCCUCUCUUUGAUUCACUGCCGUUUAAUGUUCUCACAUAUCCGAGUACUGUUUAUUUUUUUUUCGCGCUGUUUAGUCUUCUAGCAUUAAUGAUUCACUUUAUAUUUUCCUUAUGGUGAAGACUGCUGUUAACUGUUUUCAUUUCUAAUAUUAAGUGGUCAAGAAAUAAAGUCUUAUAAACCGUUC